AUGAUGUGCAAAUUCAUCAACAGUACAAAGAGCCGCUUUGGCAAGGCCCUAUUUCUUUGGCUUGUUGUUAGCUGUUGUAUGCUGGUAGCGGCUGCAGCGGGAGAGACCACCAAAACCAGCAAAAGUUAUCCCAUUACAACAUUGAUUAAUGCCAAAUGGGAACAGACGCCUUUACAUUUGGAAAUUGCCGAAUAUUUGGCCGAUGAAAAUCCGAAUUUAUAUUGGGAUUUUGUCAAGGAUGCAGCCGAUUUGGAUACACCGUUAGCAAGUUAUGAUACGGAAUCUCAAAGCUACAAUGCUGUCCUGAAACUGGUACGCAAAGGCUUGACUGAAAUUCAACUGCCAUUAAUGAAACUAGUUGUAUCGAUGCAUAGUCUAACACCUCGCAUUCAAACCCAUUUUCAAAUUGCCUCGGAUGUUCUCAGCAAAGGCCAGUGCCCCGAGGCCACAACAUUUGCCCAAUUGGACAGUGAAUUGAUUUGCAAUUUUGAUGAGUUGCGUCAAAAGCUAAGCAAAGCGGAACAUCCUACCGACUCCUCAUCUCCUCCUCCGGUAGAGACAUAUGCCUUCGAUCACAUUUAUCCAGGUUCGGAAAAUAAUACUCGCACCGUAGUGUUGUAUGGUGACUUGGGCUCUUCCGCCUUCGCCCAAUAUCAUUAUCUGUUAUCGGCCAAGGCCCUAUCGGGUAAUGUCAGAUAUUUAACCCGUCACUAUUUGCCGCCGAAACAACGAGAAGCCCGUAAACGUGUACGUCUAUCCGGCUAUGGCGUUGAAUUACAUUUAAAAUCCACCGAAUACAAAUCUCAAGAUGAUGCUCCGAAACCAGCCGAAGGAAGUUCGGAAGAUGAUGCAAAUACUGCCGGCGAAAUGGAAGUCCAGGGCUUCGAUUUCAGUGUAUUGAAGGAGCGUUUCCCCACCAUGGCCCAUUCUUUGGAUAAACUACGUCAAAGUCUGUUGCAGGGUAACGAUGAAAUUGCCCAACUUAAGGCCUGGGAAUUUCAAGAUUUGGGUCUACAGGCAGCCCAAGCCAUAGCCGAAAUAGACGGCGAGGAGGCGCUGAAAAUUCUACAAUUCACAGCCCACAAUUUCCCCAUGCAGGCCAGGGCUUUGCUCAGCCACAAGGUUAGCCAACAGCUGAGGGACGAGGUGAAACAUAAUACGGAAAUCUUUAGCCGCAGCCUCAACAUUGUACCGCCAGAUGGUGCCUUGUUUAUAAAUGGCCUCUUCUUCGAUGCCGACAGCAUGGAUUUGAAUUCGCUCAUAGAGACUUUACGCACGGAAGUGCGGGUUUUGGAAAAUCUACACAACAGCCAGGUGAAGGGUCGAUUGGCAUCAACCCUGUUGGCAUUGGAUUUUAGUGGUUCGGGUUCGAAGGAAUUCGCCAUCGAUAUACGUGACACAGCCAUAUCAUGGAUAAAUGACAUUGAAAAGGAUAUGCAGUAUCGCCGGUGGCCAUCGAGUGUGAUGGACUUGUUGAGGCCCACAUUCCCUGGCAUGUUGCGGAACAUACGCAAGAAUGUCUUCAAUUUGGUGUUGGUUGUUGAUCCGCUACAGCCAUCGAGUCGUAGCCUUAUCAAAUUGGCUGAAUCGUUUGUUCUGCAUUUGGCCCCGGUUCGCCUGGGUCUGGUGUUUGAUGCCCGCAAAGCUGAGGAGAAGAGUCAAGAGGACUAUUUAGCCAUUACGUGUGCCUUCAACUAUUUGGUCCAAAAGAAAGAUGCCCGCUCCGCCUUGAGUUUCCUAACCGAUGUGUUCGCCAAUGUCGAUGCCAAACAGGCGGUUAAACGCAAGCACAUUAAAUCCCAAAUGAAGAAGACCUUCGAAAAGCUUUCUGGCUCGGCCAUCGAUACCAUACUGGACGAAGAUUCCGAUUAUGAUUAUGGCAGGCAAUUGGCCACAGAAUUUGUGGAACGUUUGGGUUUUGGCGAUUCACCACAGGCCCUGCUGAAUGGUGUUCCCAUGCCUAGUAAUAUCCUAUCGUCGGACAGCGAUUUCGAAGAGGCCAUCUUUUCGGAAAUAAUACAACAAACAACUACACUGCAGAAGGCGGUAUAUCGCGGCGACCUCACCGACUCCGAGGAGAUUUUAGAUUAUCUCAUGAAUCAGCCGCAUGUCAUGCCCCGCCUGAAUCAACGCAUCUUGGGCAACAAUGAAAAUGCCAAGUUCCUCGACCUAACGGGAACGCCACACAAUGAUUUAAGCAAUGUAAAGGCCUUGGCCCUGCUGUCGAAUCGGGACAUGACAGCCACCCUGCUGAAGAACAUCAAAUACUUCGAGGGAAAGCAUUCAUUUGAGUCGAUUGGCGAAAGUAAACUGCAUUUCCUGACACUGUGGCUCUUCGGCGAUUUGGAGAAACCCAAUGGCCGGGAAUUGCUGAAGAAUGCUUUGCAGUAUGUGCGGGCGGGUUCCAGUGUUCGCGUGGCCUUUAUACCCAAUGUCGAGGGUUCCGAUGUGUCACGAAAGGAUAAUCUAAAUCGUUUGGUAUGGGCUGCCCAGCAAACGUUGAAGCCCAAAGAAGCCACAGAUGUGGUGCUGAAAUGGCUGAAGCAGUCAUCGGACAAAUGGGAAAUACCCAAGGCAGUGAGUGAAUUUAUCGCCUCCACAGAAUUGCAUAUGAAAAUCUUACGGGUCUAUGCCCAAAGAGUAUUGAACUUGAAGAGCUCCGAACGUUUGGUCAUUGGCAAUGGAAAAAUCAUUGGUCCCAUAGCGGAUGGGGAGUUGUUCGGCAUUGAAGAUUUUGGUCUGAUUGAUCGAUUCAAUAGCAUCCAAUAUGGCGAUAAGUUGCGCAAGGCCUUGACCAGCAAUUCCGAUGAAUUGGAUGGCGAAUUCGAUAGUGACACCCUGUUGAAGUUGUAUGCCUCGCUGUUGCCCCGACAAUCCAAGACCCGUUUUAAAUUGCCCGAAGAUGCCAAGAGUGCCCAUUCGGUGGUGAAUCUCAAGCCCCACCGUCAAGAUUUGCCAAGUUUCGACAUUAAUGCCAUUGUGGAUCCGGCAUCGAGAAGCGCCCAAAAAUUGGCACCCAUUCUGAUACUGCUGCGCAACACCAUCAACUGUAACAUGAAAGUGUUUCUGACUCCCGUCACCCAGCACAGUGAUAUGCCGGUGAAGAACUUCUAUAGGUAUGUGGUGGAACCGGAAGUGCAAUUCUUACCCAGCGGAGAAUUGGCCGAAGGUCCCAUUGCCAAAUUCACCGGUGUCCCGGCCAGCUCGUUGUUAACACAAAAUCUACAAGUUCCAGAGAAUUGGUUGGUUGAGGUGGUGAGAUCUGUUUACGAUUUGGAUAAUAUUAAGCUGAGCGAUAUCAAUGGGCCGGUGCAUAGUGAAUUCGAAUUGGAGUAUUUGCUAUUGGAGGGUCAUUGUUUUGAUAGUACCUCGGGGGCACCGCCAAGGGGUUUGCAAGUUACCCUGGGUACCCGUGAACAUCCGGUAAUGGUCGACACCAUUGUCAUGGCAAAUUUGGGUUACUUCCAGCUAAAAGCCAAUCCCGGUGUGUGGACAUUGAGGCUACGCGAAGGCAAAUCGGCCGAUAUUUAUGACAUAACCUAUGCCGAAGGACCAAAUACCGUGCACAAGAAUGAAAAUACCCAAGUGGUGAUAAGUUCGCUGAAAUCGCAUGUGAUAAAAAUGCGAGUGAGCAAAAAGCCGGGAAUGUCACAACAUGAUCUCUUGGAGGAUGAUAAUUCGCAGCAGCAGUCGGGUAUUUGGAAUUCCAUUGCCAGCUCAUUUGGUGGAGGUGGGGGUUCCAGCAGCGAUGAGGACACGGAAACCAUAAAUAUAUUUUCCGUGGCCUCGGGUCACCUCUAUGAACGUUUGCUAAGGAUUAUGAUGGUAUCGGCCAUGAAGCAUACCAAAUCACCGGUGAAAUUUUGGUUCUUGAAAAACUAUCUAUCGCCUCAAUUCAUUGAUUUCCUACCCCACAUGGCCAAGGAAUACAAUUUCCAAUAUGAAUUGGUGCAAUACAAAUGGCCCAGGUGGUUGCAUCAGCAAACGGAAAAACAGCGAACCAUAUGGGGCUACAAGAUACUCUUCCUCGAUGUCUUGUUCCCGUUGAGUGUAAGGAAAAUCAUUUUCGUCGAUGCUGAUGCCAUUGUAAGGGCCGAUCUGAGGGAAUUGUAUGAUAUGGAUUUGGGUGGGGCACCCUAUGCCUACACACCCUUCUGUGAUUCACGCAAAGAAAUGGAAGGUUUCCGUUUCUGGAAGCAAGGCUAUUGGAAGUCGCAUUUAAUGGGAAGGCGUUAUCACAUUUCUGCCCUCUAUGUUGUCGAUUUGAAACGUUUCCGGAAAAUUGCAGCCGGUGAUCGGUUGAGAGGUCAAUAUCAGGCCCUUAGCCAGGAUCCGAAUAGUUUGAGUAAUUUGGAUCAGGAUUUACCAAAUAAUAUGAUACAUCAGGUGGCCAUUAAAUCGCUGCCCGAUGAAUGGUUGUGGUGUCAGACAUGGUGUAGUGAUGGGUCCUUUAAAAAUGCCAAGGUCAUUGAUUUGUGUAACAAUCCCAUGACCAAGGAAGCCAAGCUGACAGCGGCCCAACGCAUUGUGCCCGAAUGGAAGGAUUAUGAUGCGGAGGUUAAGCAGCUGAUGGCACGCAUUGAAGAUCAUGAAAAUUUGGAACAUGAUGAGGAGGCAUCCUCGACAAAAACAACGCCAUUACCGCCAGCUGCAGAAGAUGGCGCGAAACACAGUGAACUGUGA